AUGAGUAAAAGACAAUUUGAUGUAAUAAAUGAUUACCGAGGGCUUGAAGAAGCACUAGAGACUACUUUGAACGACGAAGAUGAUCAGGAAACUGAAUAUGAAUUAGUUGCUAUUCCUCCAGAUCCUAGUGUUCUGACUGAUGAAGAAGAGUUUGACGAAGAUAACAUCCAGCAAAAUAUAUUACCUCGAGACAUUCCUGGCAGAGUAGAAGUUUUUGCUCCUCAAAUUGAUAAUGAUUGGGACAGCAGUGAUGAAGAACCUUUGCAAAAGCAAGUUAGGAAACCUGCGGCAACUGAUCCAAAGUGGCGUAAAUGCGAAAGCUCCUACGAAAAUUUUGCGUCGACUGAUGAAAAUCUAAAUAUACGCAAAGAAAACUUAGUGACGGAACUAAAAGAUUUAGGACCAUUAGAGAUAUUUGAAAAGUUUUUCGAUGAAGAAGUCAUGAACAUGAUUUUAGUAAAUUCAAAACUAUAUGCCGCACAAAACAAUAAACAUGACUUUGAUCUGACCAUUGAAGAGCUUAAAAAAUUCUUUGGAAUACUUAUACUUACCGGAUACCAUUCAUUACCAAGGGAACGUUUAUACUGGUCUCUAGAUGAAGACUGCAACAUUCCAAUAGUUUCCAAAACCAUGUCGAAAAAUAGAUUCUUCGAAAUAAAGAAGUUUUUACAUUUCUGUGACAAUGAAGCUUCUGUUGGAUCCACUGAUAAAAUGUUCAAAAUACGACCACUGGCUGACCUUCUUAUCAAAAAAUUUUUGCAAUGGGGUGUAAUUCAUGAAUUAUUAUUAUCUAUCGAUGAAUCUAUGGUAAAAUACUUUGGACGUCAUCCGGCAAAACAGUUCAUAAAAGGAAAGCCGGUGCGGUUUGGGUACAAGAACUGGAUGAUAGCUAGUUCGGAUGGAUACUGUUACGCUUUUGACAUCUACUGCGGGAAAUCAUCAUUACAAAUAAAUAACGAACCAUUAGGAUCAAAAGUAGUGAAGCUUUUGCUAGAAAAAAUAAAAUGUGUUCCAAAUGAGCAUAUUGUUUAUUUUGAAAAUUUUUUCACCAGCUAUGCAUUGUUACGAGAACUGCGCGAGUCCGGAUUUCGUGCAACGGGCACUGUUCGUGAAAAUAGGACCAAAAAGUGUCCUCUUAUAUCGAUGAAAGAUAUGAAAAAAAAAAAGAAUAGAGCGGAUUACGACUACAGAUUUGAUACCAGUAAUCAAAUUCUGUUUGUUCGUUGGCUUGAUAACAGCGUGUGUACUAUGGGUACCAACUUUGACAGCGUACAUCCGUUAGGAAAAGUAAAGAGAUGGGACAGCUUACAGAAGAGAAAAGUAGAUAUGGACAUCCCCCACGUUUUUCAAAAUUAUAAUAAAGGCAUGGGUGGUGUCGACCAAGCAGAUCAGUCUGUUGCAGUAUACAGAUGCGCUAUUCGAGGCAAAAAAUGGUGGUGGGUGUUGUUUACUUACAUGUUAGAUUUGGCUUUAGCUAAUGCUUGGCGUUUACAUACUUUGACCCAUGAAGAAAAAAUUGACCAGCUUUAUUUUCGUCGUACCAUCUCGAGAUCGUACUUGAAAUCAGAUGGACGCCAAGAUCGAAGACGAAAACCAUCAUCCGCAGUACCAGGACUGGCAUUAGAUGGAAGUGGACACUUCCCACAGAGGCUGCCUAAGCAACUCCGAUGCGUUGUUUGCCAUAAAAAAAUAAAUGUCGCAGCUGGUGGUGUAGCUCGUCGAGGUGAUGGUGUUGGUGGUGGUGGUGGUAGUGAUAGGGGAAGUGGCAAUGGUGGUGGUGGGGCUGGUGCCGCAACCAUUCAUCCUAAUCUCGACGGUAAUGGUCUCGAUUCAGCAACUUUUCCAACUUUUCAACACCAACCAAACCCUGUUGUCUCUAGGGCUGCAGCAUCCUCAUCUCAUGAACCACCUAAUAAACUGCAACGCAUGAUGUCUUCCUACUUACCUAAGAAGCUACGGCCAGGCGAUAAAAAAAUCAUAGACAAAUGCCUCAUCAAGCUAAUAACAUACGAUUGUCAACCAUUUUCGAUAGUUGAGGAUAUUGGGUUCAGGGAGUUUGUUCAUGCUUUAAAUCCAUCGUACGAGUUGCCAAGCAGGAAGACAAUUUCAUCGUCACUACUACCUGCAUUUUACGAAGAGCGUAAGCAAUAUUUUCUUGAUUAUGUUAAGGACAACGCGGAAAGUGUAUGUUUAACAGUUGACUGCUGGUCCUCAAGAACCAUGGACCAAUAUAUGGGUGUUACUGCUCAUUUUUUUUCUAAUGACUUAGAAAUGAAGUCAGUUUUACUACAGUGUGAUCAACUCGAUGGCAGUCAUACAGGUUCAAGAAUUGCGCAGGAGCUUCAGAAUAUAGCAGAUGCAUGGGCUAUAUCUCAAAAAGUUAUAUUUUUUGUGUCAGAUAAUGCCUCAAACAUGCUACGAGCAAGCUCUUUACUUAAUUGGAGUCACUUUGGAUGCUUUGAGCACAAAUUACAUCUACUGGUCCAGGAUGCUUUAAACAUUAGCAAAGAUACGAUCGACAAGGUUACCAGAACGGUAUCCUUUUUCAAAAAGAGCUGUAUUGGUAAAGAAAAAUUAAUGAAAUACCAGAUGAAUAACCAAAACGUCCAACAGCAUCGAACUCUUCUGAAAGCCAUUUCCACCAGGUGGAAUUCGACUUUUCUAAUGCUGGAGAGAUUUUACUCUUUAAAGGAAGCAAUACAAGCAACAGUUGCUACUAUGAAUGUUGCUCUCCCUAUAAUACCGAACGAAGAGUGGGAGUGCAUCGCGCAAAUGUGCGUUGUUUUAAAACCAUUUUACGAGGUUAGUAAAGUAAUGAGCGGAGAAAAUUAUCUGACCGCAAGUACCGCUAUGGUUUUGACCUCAAGCUUGAUGUCUGUUUGUGACAGUCUGGCAUCCAGAGAUUUUUACUCACCUGUGAUAGAUCUAUUAGGAAAAUUAAAACAAGGGCUGACAGAAAGGCUGGGUGAUAUUAAGAAUAAUCCACACAUUACCAUGUGCACACUUUUGGACCCUCGGUACAAGGAAGUGGCAUUCCCUGACGCUCCAUCACUAGAUAGAACUAAAUCAUACGUUCUGUCAUUGAUGGUAGCAUUACUUCAGACGAACGUUGAAGAUCUUUCAGCGACGAUGGAUAACCAAGAUCACCAAAUAUAUAGUAGCGAUAAUUUAUCAAUAUGGGGUGAAUUUGAUUCCAAAUUAAGAUCAUCUCAUGCUCCAAAGACAUCUGAGAUGAAAGCCAAAGAAGAACUGGAUAUGUAUGUAAAGGAGACAAUAAUUUCUAGAAAAGCAUGCCCACUGAGUUGGUGGCGAACGCAUAAAUGCAUAUAUCCCAUGCUGUAUAAAAUAAGAUGUAAUAUUAUGGUGACGUCAGUUUCUUGUGAACGGGCAUUUUCCAAAGUAGGAUAUAUUAUAAACGAUCGAAGAACCCGUCUCACAAAUUAUGUUUUUAAACUGUAA